GGGCCCCCCCCUUCCCCCCCCCCCCCCAACGGCGCCCACCAUGACUCGGUUCGGAUUAACCGUCGUCCGCCAUGGCGAAACCAGAUAUAACAAAGAGAAAAUCCUUCAAGGCCAGGGAGUGGACGAGCCCCUCUCGGAAACGGGCUUCAGGCAGGCGGCGGCGGCCGGGAAGUUUCUCAGCCAGGUCAAGUUCACUCACGUUUUCUCCAGCGACCUGACCCGCACGCGACAGCAGACCACCGCCACGAUCCUGGAGAAGAGCGAGGUGUGCAGGGACGUGCCCGUCCAGUGCGAUUCACGGAUCCGGGAGCGGAAGUAUGGGGUGGCGGAAGGCAAGCCGCUGAGCCAGCUCAGGAACCUGGCCCAGGCCGCCGGGGAGCACUGUCCGGCCUUCACGCCCGUCGGGGGAGAGACGUUGGAGCAGGUGAAGCUGCGAGCCAAGGACUUCUUUGAGUUUCUUUGCCAACUGGUGCUUGCAGACACAAGGCAGAAGACGGAGGGGCCCACGGGGACCCCCGAAAACGGCCGGGCAGGCGCAGCCUUGCCCCUCGGGGGCAGUGGGGAGGGCGGGGCCCCGCCUCUGGACGCCCACAUCUUAGUGGUCAGUCACGGGGCCUACAUGAGGAGCUGGCUCGGCUACCUGGUGAAGGACCUGCACUGUGCCCUGCCCCCAGCCCUGAGCCGGUCCGAGCUCAGCGCGGUCAGCCCCAACACUGGCAUCAGCCACUUCGUGGUGGGGCUGGACAGUGGGACACCGGGGGCCAAGCCCACCGUGCAGUGCCUGUGCAUUCAUCUCCACGACCACCUGGCCGGUGUGGCAGACGCCUAGGCCCUGGGGACCGCCUGGGGCGGCGGUCUGAGCGCCCCCCUCCCGGCUCCACGAACAGGUGGCCGGCCGUGGGCGGGGGCCACCAGUCCCACCUCCCCACACCGUCUGCCCGGAGAACGCCCCCCCGCUGAGCACAGAAGAGCGGUUUUCCUCCUGCUCCCUUUGGCCAGAGUCGCCCUUCCCCGCAGCUGCCCGCCACAGGCACAGCUGCCCGGACAGUGCCCCCCAAGCGGGCGAGGGGCGAGGAGACGGUGCCACUUCGCCCGAGCGCUACACAGAAGCGGUGCGGCUUUGCGAGUAGAAACAGUCUUGGGUCUGGGCGCCAGCUAUGGCCAGUUGCAGAACCCCCCCCGGGUGGCACCAGUGCCCAGAGGUUAUCGGCGCGGAAGCUGACUCAGACCUGGGGGAGACAACCCCCACCCCGCGCUGGCUGGCAGAGAAGAGCCCUUGGCAGCUGGAGCUGCCCUAAUAGCGCAAGUGUUUAUGCAAACGGUUUUAGGGUCUCUCGCCAGCCCCCCAAUAAACAUCACUUUCUGCCCACCUG